UUAUUAACGAAUGCUUGGCAGCAGAAAAGUUCGUUCUCAUGAAUCGUCACUAACAAAUUUAGAUGCAUACAAUCCAAAUUGUCAAGUUAGGGUAGACAUCAUAAACCAUCACUAAUUUAAAACUCUUAAGUGUGAGAAUUAACAUCAAAUCGAUUAAAAAAAGUUUUGUCCUUUUUUUCAUGAUGAAUCUGACCGAAGACGUGAUGUUAAAUAGCAUUCAUACUAGUAAAAAGCAAUAACAAUAAUUUUUUUAAUUUGUAGAUGCUAAUUGUGUCCAUAAGCAAAUAAAUGCCCAAGAGGAGAUUAGUGCUAAUGGUCUCAUAAUAAAGUUGAGCAAGUCUAUCAUCCAAAUAGAUAUAAAACUAAAUAUUGUACCCAUUUAAAGGAUUGUGAAUAUGGAGUAUAUUGUUCAUUUGCUCAUUCUGAAUAAGAAUUAAUCAUUCCAGUUAAAUUAGAUGGAAUGGUUUAAGAUAAAAACUUUUGGAUGUAUUAAUAUAAAACUGUAUGGUGUCCUCAUACAGUCAAGUAAACUUAUUAUAUUAAAUUAAUAUCAUAGUCAUGACAGAGCAUCUUGUGUUUAUGCUCAUAAUGCUUAAGAUUUUAGAAGAGAUCCUAAAACUAUAUAGCCAAAAGAGUGUCCUCAUUGGAAUAAAAAUAAUCAAAUUUUAAAUUAUGAUAAAGGUGGUUGUCCUGAUUAAGAAAACUGUAAAUAUUGUCAUGGAUGGAAAGAAUAUGAAUAUCAUCCUUUGAUUUAUAAGACUAAACCUUGUACAUUAUAGAAUUGCUCCAAAAAAUAAGGAGAAUGUGCUUUCUUUCAUUUUGAAUAAGAGAAAAGGUAAUCAUUAUUAUUAUUUAGAAUUCGUAAGUAAGUUACAGAAAACUCCUGGGUUAUAGAAGAACCUAAUACUCAUGUUGAAGUAAAGAGAUAACCAUAUAAAACAACAUCAAAUUAUUUGGGACCGAUAAUUCCUAAUUAUAUUCCUCAAGAUUACUAAAGCAGAGAGAAGAUGGAGAUUGGGUAACCUUUUUGUUAAUAAUCAAUCACCAAUACCAAAACUUCUGAUUCUUAAUCAAGAAGAGGAUCUGAUUUUUCAGAUGGCUCCAAGAUUUAAAAGAAAAAACAUAAUAUUUAGCAAUAACAAUUCUAAUCUCAAAAAAAGCCUCGUACUGCUCCUGUUACUCCAGAUUAAAAAUAAUUCAUGGGAAGUAACUAAACGAUGAAAGUAUAAAAUAACGUUCAAAAUAAUUCUUAUCUUACUUAUUCUAAAAAACUCUAUGAAGAAAUUUUGAAAUUAGAAGAAGUAUUUAAUUUUGUAUAAAUUUUUAGGGAGAGUACAUUUAUAAGAUUCUCUAAGGAUUCAAAAUAUCAGAGAAAGUGCUCAUGUAGAUGAGAGAUGAACAAAUUCAAUAACUCAAUCUUAGUGAGCUUCAAAUUACUCAACUUAUUUAAGCAUUAAGUGCUAUUAAAUAAGAAUAAAGAUAUGAUGAAACUUGUGGAGAUGAGAUUCUUAGUUUGAUUUCAAACUAAGGCCAAUUUUGA